UUGCCAGCGGGCAUCGGUAGGCGAUUGCUUGCCAGUCCUUUUUUGUGAACCGACACCGCUGCACUCCAUCAUGUCUGAUCCGAGAGGAGUUCUGCGCUUUCUCCAUACCAUUGAAAACUUGAAGAGGACCAAGCGAACAGGUUGGGUUGACCAGCAAAUACCCGAUGCAGAGUCAAUUGCGGACCACAUGCACAGAAUGGGAGUCCUCGCGCUUCUUAUAGACGAUCCGUCCUUAGACAGAACGAGGGCCAUUAAAAUGGCCAUUGUCCACGAUCUUGCCGAAGCAAUUGCGGGAGACAUCACGCCUCAUAGUGGCGUGUCGAAGGAAGAGAAAUAUAGACUCGAACUGGAAGCUAUGGACGAACUAGUCACGUUAUUGGGACACUCAAAGGAAGCACUAGAAAUCAAAGCGCUCUGGGAAGAGUAUGAGGCGGGUGAGAGUCCCGAGGCACUGUACGUUAAGGAUCUGGACAAGUUUGAAAUGAUUGUCCAAGCGGUCGAGUAUGAAAAACGGCAUGAAGGAAAGCGAUUGGAUUCAUUUUUCAAGUCAACAGAUGGAAAGUUUAAGCAUCCCACAGUAAAGAGAUGGGUGGCGGAGCUGCACAAGGAGCGACAGGAAGCUAUGCAGAGUGCGCAAUAGAUCUUCCUUCAACCUUCAAAUGCUCGCAUAAAUGGAGAAUGACUUGGCCAUUGCUUGUUUCUGCACGUUGAAGGAGCUCGUGGUCAACACAAGCGGCCAUCUCCGUCUACGGUAGAAUUGCAACCUACCGUGGAACUGGACCGCUCCUGGGAUUUUGACUAGUUGAUUCUAGUCUGUUAAUCGAGCGGUGGCGAAUGCAUUUUUGCUGAACCAUUCGGCAAUAAUAGCAAAUCGGUCGUCCGAUGCUUCAAGCUUUGGAAAGGAUGAUGUUUAGAUGUGCUAGUUCAUUCACGGCAGUAGUAAUAAAUAUCACCUUAUGCAUGAAUAUCUCAUGUCGUCCCG